UUGAGGCUUCCUACUAAUUUCUCUUCUGCCAUUAUAAGCUUACAACGGCGCUUUAAUGCGAUAGCGGAGAAGUUUUGGGGGCCAAGGGAGGAGGCAAACAAGUUCAUAAGCGGAUCAAGUAAUUUCCAGAGAUACCCCAUCUCACUCGUCACCAUUCAGCAUCCCUUCCACAAUUUUGUUUGUACUCAUCCAGAAAUUAAAGACAACGUGAUCAGAGUGAAGCAGGAUUUGGGAAAAAUUUGGAGACGAGCUUUUCAUCUCUUCGCGCAUGCCCCUCAAGAUUGACGACUCUUUCCCUUCGCUUGCUCCUCCCGUGGUGGUGGGAAUGGAAGGGGAGUUUGCAAGCAGAAACAUCAAGGCUCUCUCCUCCACUUUGCUAUUGAUCUUAGCCUUUGUGUGGAUCCUCCUCCCCGUUGCUGCUGCCAAAUUUGACUACAAAAAUGCCCUCUCCAAGAGCCUGCUCUAUUUCGAGGCCCAGCGCUCCGGCCGCCUCCCCUACAAUCAGCGCGUCACCUGGCGCGGCCAUUCCGGCCUCACGGACGGUCUCCAACAAGGAGUGGAUCUGGUAGGAGGGUAUUAUGAUGCAGGAGACCAUAUAAAGUUCGGGCUGCCGAUGGCCUUCACGGUUACAAUGCUAUCGUGGAGCACCAUCGAGUACGGUGACCAGAUUGCGGCAGCCGGCGAGUACCACCACGCUCUGGAGGCCAUCAAGUGGGGGACCGAUUACUUCAUCAAAGCCCACACCCAACCCAACGUCCUCUGGGCCGAGGUGGGGGACGGCGACACGGACCACUACUGCUGGCAGAGGCCGGAGGAUAUGACGACGUCGCGGCAGGCGUACAAGGUUGACACGAAGAAUCCGGGGUCGGACCUCGCCGGAGAGACCGCGGCAGCCAUGGCGGCGGCAUCCAUCGUGUUCAAGAAAUCCAACCCACAUUACUCCCAUCUCUUGUUGCAUCAUGCCCGACAGUUGUUUGAGUUUGGGGACAAGUAUAGGGGAAAGUAUGACAGGAGCGUAAGAGUGGUGAAGAGUUACUAUCCGUCCGUAAGUGGGUACGGGGACGAGCUGCUGUGGGCCGCGCUGUGGCUCCACAGGGCCACCGGGCGGGAUGAAUAUUUGGAGUACGUGGCGGAGAAAGCCGACAGUUUCGGGGGCACCGGAUGGGCCAUCGCCGAGUUCAGCUGGGAUGUCAAAUAUGCCGGCGUUCAAAUCCUUGCUGCCCAGCUCUUGGCAGGAGGAGAGAUGCCAGAGAAGCACAACCACAUACUGGAGCAAUACAGAUCAAAAGCUGAAUACUACAUUUGUGCCUGUCUCAACAAGAACAAUGGCAGCAACGUGGAACGCACCCCUGGCGGCAUGCUCUACAUUCGCCAAUGGAACAACAUGCAGUAUGUGUCCAGCGCUGCCUUCCUCCUCGCUGUCUACUCCGACUACUUAACGGCGGUACGCCGGGGGCUGCAUUGCCCUGAUGGAGUCGUCACGUCAGGGGAGCUGCUGGCUCUGGCCAAAUCCCAGGCUGACUACAUCUUGGGCUCCAAUCCCAUGGACAUCAGCUACCUCGUGGGCUAUGGGCCCAGGUACUCCAGGCAUGUGCACCACCGGGGGGCAUCCACUGUGUCUUACAAGGAGAGCAAGGGGUUCAUUGGGUGCACCCAAGGGUAUGAUGACUGGUAUCACCGGCGGCAGGCGAACCCGAAUGCGCUCGUCGGGGCUCUUGUCGGUGGUCCCGACUGCCAGGAUAAUUUCAGGGAUGACCGUGGGAAUUACAUGCAGACAGAGGCAUGCACUUAUAACACGGCACCAAUGGUGGGUGUGUUUGCAAGGUUGCAUCGGUUAGAAAGCCAACACAUUCAACAAUGGUCAUCUCGGACUUCCUUCUCUUACUAGGCAUUAAUUACAGGGUUGUUGAUUGAAGUAAAUAUUCUCUCCUUUUUUAUUUUUUGGUUUGUCCUCUCUCUCCUUUUUUGUUGGAGGGAUUAGUUACAUGGGAGGAUCGAAUAUUC